UGGUCACCAUGGUAACCUUCUACGUCAUAGCAACGCCACUCUUAACCGAGGUGAUCUGGGCACGAGUAGAACCUGUAUGAACGUAAAACAUUAAGCAAGUGAUCAGAGUUCUCGAUGUAUCUACAAACAGUUACAACUAUUGCUGUAGUUCUUAGUACAAUGCAUAUCAGGAACGUACAUUCAGCUUUAAGAUCAAAUAGGAAUGGUAGAUACAGCAGCAUUCAUACGGCUGGUAUUGAUGAAGUACAUGACGUUCCUCUUGGUGURCUYAUAAGACCUUUUGAGGCUGCUUUAGAAGAAAGGAAAGUUGUUUCACUGAUGGAAACCUUAAAGAGUCCAAACACCUCUGACCUCGUCCCCCCUAUCGAUGUUCUCUGGGUCACAGGCAAACAGGGGGGGAACUAUUACUACGCCUUUGGUGGUAACCAUCGAUACGAAGCAUUCAAAAGACUGGAUCGCUCAACAAUCCCUUGCAAGYUAAUAAAAUCUUCGGUGGCCACCCUGCGAGUUUACCUCGGUUCUUCGUUGCCUGAUCUGCAGUAAACUAGAUCGUCUUCAGACAGUAAAAAUACCUUAUAACGAUAUAAUCAAAUGAAUAAUAUCGGGAGAACUUCGAAUAGACGGGCGUGGUCAUCGGAAAACCAAAGUUAAUCAGUUUAACAUAAAUGUACAUCUACAAUAAGACAUAAAACAGCACCGCUAAGAUUCAUGGGAAUGCAUGGGGUAAAUAUAAUUUGCUACAGUACUAGUUAUGUUUUUUUUAAUGAAUAUAAGAGGUAUAUUAACGCAUUUUAAUUCGAAUAAUAGGUUUAUUAACUUACAUAGAUAACAAAUUAACUUAUAAAUUAAAAAUACAUAGAUAACAAAUUAACUUAUAAAUACGACCUAAGGUCAGCGGUGACUAUGAGCUCACAGAGCAUGCACAAAGACAUUUGGGCUCAUUACUUUGUAAAAYCAAAGAAAAURAUGAAWGGAAUCUUGCGAUCCCAGAUGCCUUUGSGCACCAAACCUCACCCCAGUCCCUAACAUAACUGGCCAAUAGCGACUCAAUAAUUUAUAUUUGAUAUAUAGUGAGUCAGCUUUAGGACGUAUGGACAAUUUUUAUAAAUCACGGCUGAUUUUAAGCUUAGUUUAUCAAUAGACAAUUGUAUUGCAUGGCCUAUAUCAAAUCUGAUAAUGAACACUUCAAUUUUUCAAAAAAAAAAGACUUAUUACAAAUUAAAUUGUAACUAAUUGUAUUUAUUAGAAAUAGAAUGGGUUAUCAUCUUUAGUUAUAUACAGAAAACUAUAAAAAAAACAUUACUUAGAUAUAGUUUUAUUAAUAUUUUUGGGCUUAAUAAAAAAACAUCUGGAUUAGUAUUAAGUAAAGU